AUGGAAGAAUGGAAGAAUGCAGACGUAACACCUGUGCACAAGAAAGAUCUGAAGGAACCUGCUGGAAACUACAGACCCAUCUCUUUAUUGUCAAUAGUUAGUAAAGUGAUGGAACGCUGCGUCUGCAACAGGUUCUAUGCCCACGUGUCACGUCUAAUCACAGAACUUCAGCACGGUUUCAUGCGUAAUCGUUCUUGUGUGACACAACUCCUUCCUGUUCUCCACUCUAUUGGUAAAUCACUCGACCGGAACACUCAAACUGAUAUGCUUUAUUUUGAUUUCGCUAAGGCGUUUGAUUCUGUAGACCACGCCAUUCUUAUCCAGAAACUUAAAUGGUAUGGCGUAACGGGUCAUCUCCUUAACUGGUUUAAGGACUAUCUCAACCAUAGAUAUCAGAGAGUUGUGAUAGACGGUGUUGCCUCUCAGUACCUACCAGUCACCUCUGGUGUGCCACAAGGAAGCCUUGUUGGACCUCUGCUGUUUGUCAUCUUUAUUAAUGACUUACCUGACUCUAUCCAGGAACAGACGAGUUCAGCUCUCUAUGCAGAUGACACAAAAUUAUACCGCUCUAUUUCGUCCCAAAGUGACUGUGAGAACUUGCAACGUGACAUAUCGAACCUAAAUACUUGGAGUCAUAACUCCAAUAUGAAGUUUAAUGCCUCCAAGUGUAAGGUAUUGACGGUCACUCGGAAGAAAUUGCCUGUACUUAUGAACUACCACCUGAACAACGCCAUUUUACAACGCGUUCAACAGGAAAACGACCUAGGAGUUAUCGUCAAUAG